GAGUGUCAUCACAUCAAAGAGAGGAUUAGACUCGAGAGGUUGUCUUCUCCUUCUUCCAGAGGAGCAGAACUGUGUGGUCCACCUCUCUUCUCUUUAACCACCACCGAGACCAGAACCCACCAAACCAGAACUCUACAUCAGAGCAAGAAGAGAGGGAGAAAGAGGGAGAGAGAGAGGAAUCCUUCUGCUUCUCACUUACUCGUCUGGCACUGUGCUCUCCUGACGUCCAGACUCCUCCCCAGCUGUAGGGGCUCCAGUGGGUGUCUGUGAGUAAGUGACACCCUCCAUCGAUCCCUCCAUCAUGCUAUUGGUGUGUGUGACCUGGCUGGGCCUCGUGUCCCUGGGUUGGGACCAGGGCUGUUCAGCCGUCAGCACCACCAGAGCCCAGGGAGGCCUCAGGGGACGCAUACAGAGGGACCGCAGGAACAUCAGGCCCAACAUCAUCCUCAUCAUGACCGACGAUCAGGACACAGAGCUGGGUUCUCUCCAGGUGAUGAAUAAGACUCGUAAGAUAAUGGAGGAUGGAGGCACCUCAUUCACCAACGCCUUUGUGACCACGCCCAUGUGCUGUCCGUCUCGCUCGUCCAUGCUGACAGGGAAGUAUGUUCACAAUCACAACACAUACACCAACAAUGAGAACUGUUCCUCACCGUCCUGGCAGGCUCAGCAUGAACCACGUUCCUUCGCAGUCUACCUCAACAACACAGGAUACAGGACAGCGUUCUUCGGGAAGUACCUGAACGAGUACAACGGCAGCUACAUCCCUCCUGGGUGGCGUGAGUGGGUGGGGCUCGUAAAAAAUUCCCGCUUUUACAAUUACACCGUCUGUCGGAAUGGGUACAAGGAGAAGCACGGUGCGGAGUACUCCAAGGACUAUUUCACGGACCUGAUCACCAACGACAGUAUCAACUUCUUCCGUGUGUCCAAGAAGGUGUACCCUCACCGACCAGUGAUGAUGGUCAUCAGCCACGCUGCCCCCCACGGGCCAGAGGACUCAGCCCCACAAUACUCAGAGAUGUUCCCUAAUGCCUCCCAACACAUCACCCCCAGUUAUAACUACGCCCCAAACAUGGAUAAACACUGGAUCAUGCAGUACACCGGCCCCAUGAGACCCAUCCACAUGGAGUUCACCAACUUCCUACACAGGAAGAGACUGCAGACACUCAUGUCAGUGGAUGACUCUGUACAGAAGGUGUAUGAGAUGUUGGUAGAGAGUGGGGAACUGGACAACACCUACAUAAUCUACACAGCUGACCACGGCUACCACAUCGGCCAGUUUGGGCUGGUAAAGGGGAAGUCCAUGCCCUACGACUUUGACAUCAGAGUGCCCUUCUUCCUCCGCGGGCCCGACGUCGAGCCUGGAGCAGUUAACCCUCAGUUGGUGUUGAACAUUGACCUUGCCCCCACCAUCCUGCACAUCGCUGGGCUGGACACGCCUCCAGACAUGGACGGGAAGUCCAUCCUCAAACUCCUGGAACAGGAGAAGACUGGAAACAGAUUCAAACGCAAUCGGAAAGCCAAAGUCUGGAGGGACACGUUCCUGGUGGAGAGAGGAAAACUCCUGAGGAAGAAGGAGGACAGAGGAGGCUUCAACCCCCAGAACACAAACAGCCUGCCCAAAUACAAGAAGGUCAAAGAGGUUUGUCAACAGGCAGAGUUCAAGACGCCAUGCCAACAGCCUGGACAGAAGUGGCACUGUGUGGAGGAGAUCACGGGGAAGUGGCGGAUCCAGAAGUGUAAAGGAGGUGGACUGAAGGAGGGCCCCAGGAAGAGGGCCCCCAGCCUGAGGCCUCUCAGCAGCUACGACAGUAGGGAGAUGGAACCCUGUGACUGUGGUCCUGACCGACCGGGACACGCACACCUCCAGUUCCCAACCUCCUCUGGAGAACCAGGCUAUAGGCCUCGUACUCGACCCACCAGAUCUCUCUCCGUGGAGUUCGAAGGACAGAUCUAUGACAGUGACCUCGCGGCAGACGACCAGUCAGCCAUGCAGAGACGUGUCAUCAGAAAGCGCCACUAUGAGCAGGAGGACCCCGAGUUCUCCUUGGAGUCAGACGACAGGUCAGAGGAGAUGCUGGCGGAUGAUACCAACGCCGUGGUGUACCCCAACUCUGUCAAGGUCACACACAAGUGCUACUUCCUGAUGAAUGACACGGUCCACUGUGAGAGAGAGAUCUACUCUUCCUCUAGAGCCUGGAAGGACCAUAAGAGCUAUGUGGACCAGGAGAUCGAGGCCCUUCAGGACAAGAUCAAGAACCUUCGGGAGGUCAGGGGUCAUCUGAAGAGGAGGCGACCUGACGAGUGUGACUGUGGAAAGAAGAGGGAGGCGGUCCAGGAAGUGGAUGGGAAGACCCAGCUGUUGAACGAGAUCAGGAGGAAGAAGAAGGAGAGGAAAGAGAGGAAGAGGCAGAAGAAGGGGGAUGACUGUAGUCUACCUGGUCUGACAUGUUUCACUCACAACAACGACCACUGGCAGACCGCCCCCUUCUGGAACCUCGGAGGGUUCUGUGCCUGCACCAGUUCUAACAACAACACCUACUGGUGCGUGAGGACCAUCAACGAGACACACAACACCCUGUUCUGUGAGUUCGCUACGGGCUUCCUCGAGUACUUUGACCUCAACCACGACCCCUAUCAGCUGACCAACGUGGUGUAUUCAGUGGAUAGAGAGGUGCUGAACACCCUCCAUGCCCAGCUGAUGGAGAUGAGGAGCUGCCAGGGACACAAGCAGUGUAACCCCCGACCCAAAGGCCUGGACACAACAGGAGGUAAAGAUGGAGACAGCUAUGAACCACACAGCACUCAGCCAGUCUGGGAUGGACGAGCGGGUUAAGCUGCCCAACUUGACGGAGAAGGAGGUGGACUGACUACAGCCCAGACAGGACGACCAGAGAAGGACUGACUACAGCCCAGACAGGACGACUGGCACAUCUUCCAGAAGGAUGUCGAAAAAUGUUACUGCUACACAUUUUAGACCAACUCGAGAAAAACAACGACGACAACCAAACCCAUAAGCUUGACUUUAAGGAUGACCCGGCAUCUGAGCAGGGGGGCCGGGGCUGGAGCAGGGGCUGCGGAGGAAAGGGAGAGGAGGCCCCCAGCCAGGACAUCUGGCCCGGCCUGGUCACCCCGAACUGGGCCACAGCAGGACUCCCAGAGAGCCCACGCACCACCCCUCUUGCCCCCGGCACACUCCCACCACCUCCUCAGUACCACCCACACACCCCGCGACUCAGAGGUUAGAGGUCAACUACAAUCUAUGAAUGACCUCCCGGAUGAGACUAACCCAUUAGACAGACCCCAGGUUGUGUCUGUGAUGACAUUAUCAUCUGUGACGUCAUCGUCAGGGGGGUCAAAGGAGAGGAGG